GUUUCAUGUCAUUUAGUGAUUCUAGCCACAAACGGAUCGGUUCAAGCUUAACUUUGCAGGGCAGUAAAUAACAACCUAUCUGGAAAGGCCUCAAGGGCACGCUAUUAAUCAAUGCACCAAAGCAUACAAGUUUCCCCCAUAAUUUUGGAUUCUAGACCACAGUACAGAAACAUAAGUUUUCCUCAUUUAUUGUGAUUUUUGUUGUCCUUCUUAAUUCCCAGUACAUCACUGUGCCUGGUAAAUUAUCAGAUUCCCUUGAAACACAAUGGUAACCCUGAUGUUACACUCUUCUCCUUCAAACCUUGAACCAAUCUACAUGCAAUUUCGAAUGAAUAAUUGAGUAUUUGGGUAUAAAGAAGAUACUAACGUGAUAUGAUCACUGGGAAGAAUAUGCAACAGAUUUGCUACAUCGAUUCAGGGAUCAGCAUCACCAGCAACAUUGUCUUCACUGAAUGUGCUGUGCCUGUCACUAUCUUCAUCCUCACUUAUCUCUUCAUCGUCACUCUCCUCGUUUGGAGCUUUAAUGGUGUUCGACUUCUUUGCAUAUCGUUCACAGUACUCUUUUACCUUUUCUUCGUACUGCUUUUUAUCAUUCAUCAUAAGUGCAGCUGCGUCAGCAUUUAGUGGGUCCCCAGGGUUUGGGUAGAGCAGUAGCUGUGGAAGAAAAACCUCAAACACAUUCAAAAGAUCUGCAGCCAGAAGAAGCCACGAUUGGUUGAUGACAUCCAAGCAAACAGAACCUGACCUCUCAUCAACAUUGGGGUGGUAUAUUUUAUUGAGGAACCCGAUAGAAGGAGAUUUGUAUGGAUAUGCAUCUGGUAACUCCACUCGAACUUUCCAAACACCACCUUCAUAAAGGCCUUACUUUCUUUUGGGCCAUGGAACUCCACGUUGAAUUCAUUAAUCCCAUCAUUGAUUGUUUCCACUGUGUAGUCACUCAUCAUCAGUUUCAUGACAUCCAUGUCUCUUCUUUUGCUUGGAGAAGACAUUUUCCCCCCUUCAAUGAAUCUUCUUCACUUGGGAACCGAAUGCGAGAACCGUAAUCGCUGGGACCGCAAAAAGUUUUGAUCUUGUGAUGGACGCCGAGUAGUACAAUCCGUUUCUAGCGAAGCAAGAGGAAAGAAGGCAGAUUUGGAGUGCAGAGGAAAGAAUCGGAGAAGGAGAGAGAGAGACGACAAUGGAGGAGGAGAGAUUCAUCAAGAUUCCUACCGACGCUCGUGUGGUUCCAUUGACGGAGAAGAAGAUACGAAUCGGGAGAAAGGCGGAGUGGUGAUCGCGGCAGGAUGGGAGUCCAGGGACUGUGGGACUUACUCGCUCCGGUCGGCCGUCGCGUGUCCGUCGAGACGCUUUCCGGGAAGAGGCUCGCAAUUGACGCGAGCAUUUGGCUGGUCCAGUUCAUGAAGGCCAUGAGGGACGAGAAGGGGGACAUGGUGCGUAAUGCACAUUUGCUAGGGUUCUUUCGUAGAAUUUGCAAGCUGUUGUAUCUCAGGACCAAGCCUGUGUUCGUCUUCGAUGGAGGCACGCCUGCUCUGAAGCGGCGCACGGUUAUUGCAAGGCGGAGGCAGCGAGAGAACGCGCAGGCUAAGAUUCGGAAAACCGCCGAGAAAUUACUCCUCAAUCAACUGAAGACAGCGAGGCUGAAAGAGUUGGCAAAGGAUCUUGAAAACCAGAGGAAGAAUCAGAAGAAUAACGCCAAGGGCAAGAAGGUUUUACCAGAGCCUGCAGCAAGCAGUUUGGAGAAUAGAGAUGCAACAUUUGAUCAUGUCAAUCAAGAGAAAUUGGAUGAGAUGUUGGCUGCGUCUAUAGCAGCGGAGGAAAAUGUGGGUGUAGAAAAUGCAUCAACAUUUGCUGGUCCAGAAAGGCAGGAUGAUGAAGAUGAGGACCUGAUACUGCCUGAGAUAGAUGGUGACCUGGAUCCGGAUGUAUUGGCUGCUUUGCCGUCAUCAAUUCGACGUAAAGUUCUGAUGAAGAAAGGGUCAAUGGUGGAAGACAGACAAUUUCAUGAUGAAACCAAGAUUGAAAACAGCAAGAAAAAUGAGAAGGGAAAGGAGGUAUUGUCGGACCCAGCCGAAGUAGAGAAGAACAAUUUUGAAGGGCUUGACAAAGGGAUGGAAAGUUUCAACCAAGAAAAGCUAGAUGAGAUGUUGGCUGCAUCUCUUUUAGCUGAAGAAGAUGGGAUUCAUAAGUAUAAUACAACAUCUGUUGCUUCUGCUCCCUUCGAGGGCGGUGAAGAUGAUGAUGAAGAGAUGAUUCUUCCAACAGUCCCAGGGAAAUUUGAUCCUGCUGUCUUAGCAGCUCUGCCACCAUCAAUGCAACUGGAUCUUCUUGUGCAGAUGAGAGAGAGGUUGAUGGCUGAAAACAGACAACGAUAUCAAAAAGUCAAGAAGGCUCCUGAAAAGUUCUCCGAGCUCCAAAUACAAGCUUAUCUCAAAACUGUUGCAUUCCGUCGAGAAAUAGAUCAAGUGCAGAAAGCUGCUGCAGGGGGAAAUGUAGGUGGUGUUCAGACUUCAAGGAUAGCCUCUGAAGCCAACAGAGAAUUUAUCUUUUCAUCAUCAUUUACUGGGGAUAAGCAGUUAUUUACUUCUGGUGGAGUGCUGAGCAGUGGGGAUAAGCAACAACCACCACCAAGUGGGCUUCCAUCACAUUCUGUUAAAGAUGGUGCUUCUGGCAGUAACGCAGCUACAAUGGCAGGAAUUGGCCUUGAAGAAUCUGGAAAUGUUUUUGAUGAUGAUGUUGAAACUUAUACAGAUGAAAGGGGUCGUAUUCGAUUAAGUAGAGGACGUGCCAUGGGGAUGCGGAUGACCCGAGAUUUACAGCGGAAUUUAGAUAUAAUGAAGGAGAUGGAACAGGUUGAAAUUGAUGUUGCAAGCGUUCCCUCUAAGACCAUGGGGGGACAAGCUAAUUCUGGAGAAGGAAUUCCUAGUGCAAGAACAGAAGUCAGAGGUUCAGAUGAUAACAGUGUUGGAUCCACACAGUUGAACGAGAGAAAUGGACACCAUUUGAUAGAUAACAAUAGUUGUAUGCAGAUUUCAUUUGAGAUUGAUGGUGCGAGCAAGUCUUAUGAAAGUGAUGAUGACAUGUUCUCUUGUUUAGUUGCUGGACAACCAAUUGACAUCUCUUCUGUUGACAAUGAUACAACCCGGAAACAGGCUCUUGAUUCAGCUUCUGAUAGUGAUUGGGAGGAAGGGAGCAUUACGACAAAAUGGGAUGGUUCUUCCACCGACCCAGAGUUAGUAAAUAAGUCAUUCCUAAAGGCAAGCAACAAUAGCGAUGGCAGUGAAGUGGAAUGGGAAGAAGAACCAUCUGAGGUAAAAAAUAAGCUUUCGUGCCAGGUUCAAUCUGGGAAACCUGUUUCAAGAGGUGAGUUGCAAGAAGAUGCUGAUUUGCAGGAAGCCAUAAGGAGAAGUCUCAAGGAUCCAGGAAGUGAUAAAGGAUUUGCAGAAAAUGGUGACGAACUUGUAGUUAUUAAUCGAAGCGACAGCAGGCAAGUGUUGAAUAUGGUUAGGAAGGAUAUUCAGGAAAGUAAUAUAAACAUUGGCACUAUGGAAGCAAAUGAACCAUGUGGUCCAAGUACAGCUAAUGAGCCCAACAAGGUCUCUCGAAGCACAUUGUCUGGAAUGCAUGGUCUUGAUGAUAUCAGUAAGACAUGUCUAGAGCACACAGGUUCUAAGUUUGAAGAAUGUCGAUGGGAUACAAGCAAAGAGCUCAAGGCAAAUGGAGAAGUACAAUGGCCAAAUCCAGAGCAAUCUGUAGAUGCUACUACUGAGGCUGGUGGGUUAUCUACCACAACAACUAGUUUCUAUCCGGCUGAGGAUUCUCAUAUUUCUAAACCAGUCAUUGGUGAUAGCAUGAUGAGUGUUGGUAUGGACAAUGUUCAAACAGAAGCUUCCAUGUUUGUCAGGGAGGAUAAAGUUGCUCCUGAAACUGAAGCAUCACUUCAUUCAGUUGAGGAAACUAUAGCAAAUUCUUCUGGAUCAUACAUAGAGUCUCUUAGAGGAGAUUCAACAGCUCCCGAUGACAUUGAGGAACAAAUGGUUGGUGAGAAGAUCCUCGACACACAAUUCGCAUCAAAGAACAGCGAGAAUCAUGCUGCUGCUGAUACAAAUGAUGAGAAAGUUUUUUCACAGGCUACCGUAGAGGAGGAGAUACAUAUACUGGGUCAAGAAUUUAUGAAUCUGGAAGAUGAACAGAGAAAGCAUGAACGCAAUGCUGAAUCAGUCACCAGUGAAAUGUUCGCGGAGUGCCAGGAGCUUCUUCAAAUGUUUGGCAUACCAUAUAUAAUAGCACCAAUGGAGGCAGAAGCUCAAUGUGCAUACAUGGAACUCGCAGGCAUUGUUGAUGGUGUUGUAACUGAUGACUCUGACGUUUUUCUAUUUGGAGCGUGUAGUGUGUACAAGAAUAUAUUUGACGACCGCAAAUAUGUGGAGACUUACUUCUUGAAGGAUAUUGAGAAGGAACUUGGCCUGACUAGAGAUAAACUAAUUCGUAUUGCAUUGCUUCUCGGGAGCGACUAUACUGAAGGAGUUAGUGGGAUCGGUAUUGUUAAUGCUAUUGAGGUUGUUGAUGCUUUCCCUGAGGAUGAUGGCCUGCAGAAAUUUAGAGAGUGGAUAGAAUCGCCAGAUCCAACCAUCCUUGGGAAGCUGGGUGGAAAGCCUCGCUCAAGUGGUAAGAAACAAGGAUCCAAAGUUGCUGACAGUAAAUUGGAUCCAUCUGACAAGGACACUGCGUCAAUGGAUGGUAUUGACGAGAUAAAGCAGAUUUUUAUGGACAAGCAUAGAAAUGUUAGCAAGAACUGGUAUAUCCCUUCCUCUUUUCCAAGCGAAGCAGUCAUUUCUGCAUAUUGGUCGCCCCAAGUUGAUAAAUCAACAGAACCUUUCACAUGGGGAAAGCCAGAUCUUCACCUUCUUCAACGAUUAUGCUGGGAAAGAUUUGGCUGGAAUGUCCAAAAGUCGCAGGAGUUGCUUCUGCCUGUCCUGAAAGAGUACAACAAACGCGAGACUCAACUGCGGUUGGAAGCAUUUUACACUUUCAACGAGAGAUUUGCUAAGAUACGAAGCAAGAGAAUCAAGAAAGCUGUAAAAGGAAUUACUGGAAAAUCAAGUUCAACCGUAUUGGAUGAUGUCCCAGAAGAAGCCCCUGAAUUGACUAAGAAAAGAAGAGCGACUCCUGCUGAGUCUGAACUUAAGUCAGCAGAAGGAUCUAUUCUUAGUAGCGACCACAAUCUUUCCGGAAAAUCAACGACUAAGAGAUCUAAGAAAGCAAGUACCACUGCGAAGGAUAUCUCAUCUGAAAAGGAGGAAUCAGGGCAAGAGUUAUUGUCAGGAAACAGGCAGCAGACUGCAGAAGGCUCAAACAAGGGUGGGAGAGGUAGGGGUAGUGGUGGAAGGAAAGGGAAAGGAAUAGGAAGUGGGAGGGGAAGGGGGAGGAGAUCUCGAGGUUUGGAACCAUCUGGACAGAGUUCUGGGGACACUGAGAGCAGCAGUGAAGAACACGAGGAUCAGAUUCAGAACUCAAAGAGGCCAAAUGAAGUGCGACGGUCGAAACGGUUGAGACAUCCUGUUAGUUAUACAUCCGACCUGGAAAUGGAUGACGUGAUCAAUUCAGUAGACCCAGAUGGUAAAGAAGAGGCAGCAGGAGAAGCUAAAGCGCAUCCAGGAAAUGCUGACUCGAGUCCUGCUGUUAGAGAACCACAGAAUCUGGAAGACGAUUUAUUAGUGCAGAUGGAUACAACACCUAGGGAGGAUCUCGAAACAGGAGGUGGUUUCUGCAUGGAUGAAGGUGAAGCUGGUAACCCCGAGAGUGGCAUUAGCAUUAAUCCUUCUGAAAGCAACGCUUCGAAAGAUUACUUAGAGAGUGGAGGUGGGUUUUGUGUGGAUGAAAGUGAUGCACACAACAAUCAAGCUGAUGUCGUCAGCCUGUCUCCACCCCUCGAGGAAGAUUCCACCGAGAAGCCUCGUCAUGGUGGUUUGAUGAAUGAGGUCAAGUUUGCUGCUUUUUCAUCACUGAAUGCUGUGAAUGAAAGCGCAGCCGAUAAGGAUCCACGCACUGAGACAUUGAGAACUACAGAAACUGAUGAUCAUCUGCAGUCCGGCAGCUCAGCUAUUCCUGAUAGCAUUGUAGAUGAUACCUUGGCUCCUGAAGCAGGAGGUCUAAGGGCGAUGCCUUUCUUGAAAAGAAAGCGAAGGAAGAGCUGAAAAGCUGUAUGGUUGCUGGUGUGUACGUCGUAGAAGUAGAGUAGUAUAUAAGUAAUAAUGAUUUAUUCCGUAAAUGUCGAACUUUGCUGUGCAGUCUGGUAUGGUAUGUUUGAUGUUUCUCGUUCGGCUCUGUUUUUCGCCAUUUUUGAAAAUUUGAUUCGUUCGGACUUUCGAGGCGAAUUUUUGGCAAGUUUGUGCCAUGCUUGGCUGGGUUAUGGGCUUUUACUUUUUAUAAGCCUAAUUGGGCGAAAUCUUCUGUCAGGGUUGGGCUUGGGCUCGAGUUAUUUGGUAAGGGCCCAACGAGCCGGAUGUUAGCAAUUUUUGUGCAAGUACCUUACUACCUUUAUCUCUGUUGGGAAUUAGGAUAUUCAAUUUCAUUUCCUUCGUUCUUCUUCUGCAGGAGGCCUUGGCGAUUCCCUCCAAGUUUCCAUUGCUCCUCCUCCCGGCUCCCUCCAUCAUAAUCUACUCAAGACUCGCAGGCCUCUGCACGAUACAAUAAAAGUUUCAAGCAAUGGGGCGAGUAACACAACCCUCAAAUUUUACCUCUUAAUAAGAGAGUAUGGCUCAAACCAUGGCUAGUUUGCAACCAGGAUUGCAUGCUGCUACACCUGCUACAGCUAUACCUGACCACAGCUUGAUCAAUGGCCUCCCAUUGAAGAUCGAUUGUGGCAGGGUUGUGGAUGCAGAUGCUACAGUUUCAACUGGCUUUAAAGACUGGAAGAAGUGGCGUUUGGUUGUUUCUUAUGAUGGGACCCGGUAUGCUGGCUGGCAGUUUCAGGAAUCCCCUCCUACUAUACAGGGGUUACUCGAAAAAGCCCUGACUCGAGCGACCAAGCUGGAGAGGAAACAUCUUCAAGUUGUCGGAGCGAGCAGGACUGAUGCUGGAGUUCAUGCUUUGGGCCAGGUCGCACAGUUCCUCACUCCUUUCAACUACGACUCCUUGGACCGCGUUCAUGCAGCUCUCAACGGCCUACUACCCGAAGACAUUCGAGUACGAGAGAUUGCGCCGGCUCUGCCUGAAUUCCAUGCUCGAUUCUCGGUCACCAGCAAGCUCUAUUGUUACAAGAUCUAUAAUGAUGCGGUGAUGGACCCACUCCUGCGCCACUAUGCCCACCACAGCCAUUACAAACUUGAUACAGCUGUCAUGGCGGAAGCUGCCACACAUUUUGUAGGGAGUCAUGAUUUCUCGGCCUUUGCAAAUGCAUCUCACAAUGAUCGAGUGCCAAAUCCUGUCAAGACCAUUCUCCAUUUUGAUGUUUCUGAAAUGGGGCCAUUGAUCCAGCUCGAUGUUGAAGGCACCGGUUUCUUGUACAGACAAGUGCGUAACAUGGUUGCUUUGCUGCUGCAAAUAGGAAAGCAAGCUAUCCCUCCUGAUAUAGUACCAAUGAUCUUGGCGAGCCGUGAUCGCAGGGAGCUCGCCAAGUAUGCUCUAGCGGCCCCACCUCACGGUCUCUGCCUUGUCUCUGUCAAUUACAAUCAAGAUCACCUCCAGCUUCCCAAACUGGGAUCUCCCGCAGUUAGUUUUGGCAGGCAUCACACUAUCAGCAGGUCUUCAAGGGAAGGAGUGAACAGAAAUCAGAAGAGAGAAAUGGCGGGAGGAAGAGGAUUUGUGUACGGGGAAGUGAUGGCGUUUUCAGCGAUGGUGAGUAUAGAGUGUAUGAAUGUUGGGCUGAACACACUCUUCAAAGCUGCAACUAUGGCGGGCAUGAGCUACCAUGUCUUUGUUGUCUAUUCCUACGCAAUUGCUACUCUUGCUCUCCUCCCGGCUCCUUUCUUCUCCCGCAGAUCAAGAGCACUUCCUCGGCUAAGUUUCUCUGUACUCUGGAAAAUCGGCCUUCUUGGGGUCAUUGGAAGCUCAUCCCAGAUCAUGGGAUACGCAGGCAUCAAUUACAGCUCUCCUACGCUUGCUUCAGCUAUAGGCAACCUCACUCCAGCUUUAACCUUUUUACUUGCUGUCAUUUGCAGAAUGGAGAAAGUCAUUGUGAGGAGAAGAUCCAGUCAGGCCAAAGUACUGGGCACAGCAGUCUCAAUAGCAGGUGCAUUUGUUGUAACUCUCUACAAGGGUGCUCCAAUUAUCAAGGCUUCUCUGUCAUCGUCAACUGUUCAACUCAAUCAAUCUCUUGCUAGCUCACCAACCCAAAACUGGGUCCUUGGUGGGUUUUUCCUCACCUGUGAGUACCUUCUAGUUCCUUCAUGGUACAUUGUUCAGGUAUAUAUGCUCCUCUCUGACCCGGGCACUUCUGGUGGUUGCGAAUGAUGAGGAGCUGACAUAAAUCCUUCUGGUGUUGGUGUUUGCUCGAACACAGACUCAAAUUAUGAAGGAGUACCCAGCUGAAGUCACGGUAGUCUUCUUCUACAACAUAGUUGUGUGCAUCAUAGCAGCAUUUGCUGCUCUUGUUACAGAAGGGACUUCUCCAACUGCCUGGAUAUUGAAGCCUAAUGUAGCGUUAGCAUCCGUGGUUUGCUCGGGAUUUGAUCGUGCUUGAACAACAGUGUUCAUACAUGGGCACUGCGGAUCAAGGGACCUGUGUUUGUAGCAAUGUUUAAGCCGUUGUCCAUCGCCAUCGCUGUUGCUAUGGGCGUGAUGUUUCUGGGCGACACACUUUAUCUGGGAAGUGUGAUUGGGGCAGUAGUAAUAUCGAUUGGAUUUUACACUGUGAUGUGGGGAAAAGCUCAAGAGGACGAUUUCACAGAGGCCUGCGGUGGUGCUAGUUGCUGCAACCAGCAGCAGGAAACUCAUUACGCAGAGAAGGCACCUCUGUUGCAGAGCUACAGAAGAAAUGCACAAGUUUAAGCAGACAGCGUUGCAUUUGCGAUAACGUGAAGAAGCCAAAUUGCUUGAAAACCUUGUGUGUGUCCAGUGUUCUUAAAGAAGGAAAAGGCCUUUGCUCAUCAUCAGCAGUAUCGAGAGCUAGAACAACCGUGCAGAACAAGCAACAGCGGCUGAACCGGGGAUGGAAAUGCAGCUUCAAUGUCCAACCUGUAGCGUGUUAGCACUUAGCAGGAAGAAGGAUUAUUUUUCAACUGGGAGAAGAAACUCAUAGAAACCUGUAAAUAUUCAUCUUCACAAACAGCUGGUUCAGUCAUCAGUCCGAUUGUCUGAGUAAACAGAGAGAUAGAUCGGAGAGAAAGAUGACGGCGAUGAGUUAUUUCCUCGAAUCAGUGCUUCCGUUUUCAGUCAUGGUGGGUCUCGAGCUCAUCAGUGUUGGGCUAAACACCUUGUUCAAAGCUGCGACGUUGCAGGGCAUGAGCUACCAUGUCUUCGUCGUCUACGACUACGCUACCGCCGCCCUCGUACUCCUCCCAGCUGUUUACAUCUCUCGCAGAUCCACAAGUGCUCUUCCUCCUUUGACUCCUCGCAUGAUAUGGAAAAUUUGUCUUCUUGGGAUCAUUGGGGGAGCAUCUAAGAUGAUGGGGUACACGGGGAUCAAUUUCAGUUCACCAACACUGUCUUCAGCCUUAAGCAACCUCACUCCAGCUUUUACAUUCAUAUUUGCCGUCAUGUUCAGAAUGGAAAAGGUUACAAUGAGGAGAAGAUCAAGCCAGGCCAAAAUUGUGGGCACCAUAGCUGCAAUCACAGGUGCAUUUGUUAUAACCUUCUACAAAGGUCCUCCAAUUUCCUUUGCCACCACUACACCACCAUCAUCAGUUCUUUCUCAACUUGAUCAACAACCCUUUCAAGUCUCGUCAUCGACAACCCCGAAUUGGAUUCUUGGUUCCGUUUUUCUGACCAUUCAAUACAUACUAAUUCCACUCUGGUGUGUUGUUCUGACUCAGAUAAUGGAGGAAUACCCUGCAGAACUCACGGUAACCUUUCUAUACGACUUGGUAGUAUGCGUCUUUGCAGCAGUUGUUGCUUUGAUUGCUGAAGGAACAUCAUCGAGCGCCUGGUUGCUUAGUUCGAGGAUUGCAUUUGCCUCGGUGUUAUGCUCGGGAGUGUUUGGAUCAUGCAUGAGCAAUGCUAUCGAUGCAUGGGCGCUAAGGGUUAAGGGGCCUCUAUUUGUGGCAAUGUUCAGUCCAUUUUCCAUGGUGAUUGCUGUUGUCAUGGGGGUGGUGUUUCUGGGGGAUCCACUGCUUCUUGGAAGCUUAAUCGGAGCAACGAUCAUAUCCGCCGGGUUCUACAUGUUGAUGUGGGGAAAGGCAAAAGAGAUCGAUAAUAGUGAGACCAAAUUAGAAGAAGAUCCGUGUCACAAUAGCAGCAGCCUGCAGGCACCCCAGUCUGGAGAGGAUGUUCAUGCCCCUUUGCUGCAAAGCUACAAAACUGAACAAGUAUAACAUGAAUGGAUGUGCAUGAAAUCUGUAUCUUGGACUUGUAUAAUGUACAGUUUGGUUCAAGUAAUCUCUUAAGAGUUAAGAACCAUUAACGAAGCAUGAAACCUGGGCUGUUCAAAUUCAGCUUCCAUUUGUAUAAUUGUAUCCCUCUGCAUAUGUAAAAGAGUGAGAGCAG